CUCGGCGGCGGCCGUCUGUCCCUGCCGCUGCGGGGCCGUAGGUCGUCCGGGGCAGGAACUCGUCGGCGCUCCCCAUGGAGGAGGCAGCGCGCACGGCUGCAGUCCCGGAUGCUCGCACCUCCCCCUGGACGGCGACGAAGGCUGGAGCCACUCUGCCAGGGCUUAAAACUUUAAAUGGGAAUAAAGGGUAGCAUUUACGAGGAAAUGAGAGUGCAUAGAUCAUCUCUUAACCCCUUCCAGCCCUUUUUUCAUAAGAGAGAACAUAUUAAGCUUACGUCAGGCUCUCCUGGCUGUGAUUGACCUUCAGUUACAGAGAUUGGGAGCAGAGUGUUAACAGGUGUGAGGAUAGCAAAGCCGCGCAAUCCUUUCAGGCCAUUCCUACUGAUGUUGUCUUCUUUUCAAACUAUUUGAAAACUGCAUCAUCCUGCCUCCAGUACCAGCAGUUUCUCUCUUCCGUGAUCAAUGUAAUUCACAGGAAUUUCUUAAGUAGCAAACGAAAUGAGCCCAGGGCGUGGAAAAUAUGACUUUUAUAUUGGUCUGGGAUUGGCUAUGAGCUCCAGUAUUUUCAUUGGAGGGAGUUUCAUUUUGAAAAAAAAAGGACUUCUGCGACUUGCCAGAAAAGGUUCCAUGAGAGCAGGUCAGGGUGGUCAUGCAUAUCUUAAAGAAUGGUUGUGGUGGGCUGGACUGCUGUCAAUGGGAGCUGGGGAGGUGGCCAACUUUGCUGCUUAUGCAUUUGCACCAGCCACGCUAGUGACUCCGCUAGGAGCUCUCAGCGUCCUCGUAAGUGCCAUUCUUUCUUCAUACUUUCUAAAUGAAAGACUUAAUCUUCAUGGGAAAAUUGGAUGUUUGCUAAGUAUUCUAGGAUCUACAGUUAUGGUCAUUCAUGCUCCAAAAGAGGAAGAGAUUGAGACCUUAAAUGAAAUGUCUCACAAACUAGGUGAUCCAGGUUUUGUGGUCUUUGCAACACUUGUGGUCAUUGUGUCCUUGAUAUUCAUCUUUGUGGUAGGACCUCGCCAUGGACAGACAAACAUUCUCGUGUAUAUAACAAUCUGUUCCGUCAUUGGAGCAUUUUCAGUGUCCUGUGUGAAGGGCCUGGGCAUUGCUAUCAAAGAGCUGUUUGCAGGAAAGCCCGUGCUGCGGCAUCCUCUGGCCUGGAUCCUUCUGCUGAGCCUGGUUGUCUGUGUGAGCACACAGAUUAAUUACCUGAACAGGGCCCUGGACAUAUUCAACACUUCCAUCGUGACUCCAAUAUAUUAUGUAUUCUUUACAACCUCUGUCUUAACAUGUUCAGCUAUUCUUUUUAAGGAGUGGCAAGAUAUGCCUGUUGAUGAUGUCAUUGGUACUCUGAGUGGCUUCUUUACAAUCAUUGUGGGGAUCUUCCUGUUGCAUGCCUUUAAAGAUGUCAGCUUUAGUCUAUCAAGUUUGCCCGUGUCUUUUCGGAAAGAUGAAAAAGCAGUAAAUGGCAAUCUCUCUAGUAUGUAUGAAGUUCUUAAUAGUAAUGAAGAAAGCGUAACCUGUGGAAUUGAACAACACACUGGUGAAAAUAUCUCCCGAAGAAAUGGAAACCUGACAGCAUUUUAAGAUGUAAUUAAAAGGCUAAUCUAUAAUUCUGUUGUAAAGUGAAUUUGAACAUCAGAAUGUGUCUUGAAAAUGCAUUGUCCUCAAGUAAGGUUAUCUAAAGACAAUCUUUUUUAAGGUUUCACUAAUUUGGACCAAGAAAUCACUUUUCUUAAGUGAUGGUAGCUCACUAUAAUGACCUCAGAACAUGACCAAUUUAUAUUAACAUUGUAUUAUUGUAGAAAUAUUUUACCUUUUGAUUCCUUCUCCAAAAUCUAAAUGCACUAAUGACAGUUUUAAGUGUAUAAAAUGCUUUAUUUUUUCAUUGGUGAUGAAAAUGAGUACAUUUGUCAUCUAAACCCAUCAAUCCCUAACCAUAUACAUCAUCUUGAUUUUUAAAAAGAACAAAAUUAUCCCAGUACAUUAUCUUGUGACAUGUUACCUGUACACAUGACUCCUGUUUGAUGAGUUAUUUUAAUUAUGAAAUGUGUUAUAGUUUCAGGAAUCCUAACUUUCUACGUGAAGAAGCUCAUUUAUAAAACAAAAUAAAGGUAGUAAACUGCCCCCAAAGAAAUAAUUCUUAGACUGUGACAUUUUACUACGAAUCCAACUUCCUGUGUGCAUUUGGUGGCCUUAGUCCCUGGUUAAACCAGGGCAUUUCCCAUCUGUGUGGCUGGUAAGCUCUAUUUUGCAGACUGGCUGGGUUUACUCUUAAGUUUUUCUAAUCCCAUGAUACCUAAAACCUUAACUAUCAUUUUAUGUCAGCUCCUGUACUUUUCAAUAUACUUUUAAAUUGAGUUAUGUUGUUACAGGGACUUUUCAACAACUGGGGAAACAGAAAAUGAGUUAUUUCUUAAAUUUAGCUCAUGUUAUAAUAAAAAAGUAAGCUGAAACAAA